AUGAAUUCUGCCAUUGACAGCGAGGCGACCUUCACGGCCCGGGCCCUCGAGCUUGGCAUGGAGAAGGGCUUCUUAGACUUGUUGAUCAAGGCCAAUGUGAAGUCCCUGGGUGCGCUGGCUUUCGUCAGCCCGUACCAGAUCGGCCAAGCUGAUGAGAAGCCCCUGAUUGAUGCUGUCCGGGAUCUCAUCCGGCGGGAUGUCACUACGCGGGAGCUCAUCCCGCUUCGACGCUUGUGGUUCGAGGCUAGCACAACCGUCAUGGGUGAGCUCAAGCAAAAGGUUGAGCGUCAGGACUCGGCUGAGCCUAUUCGCCUGACCAUAGCCGAGAGGACCACGAGGCUGGAGGAGCAGAAGAAGCGUCUCGUGGGGGUUUGCAUCACGAGUGAGUCCGAACCGUCUCAUCGCCUCGUGGACCUUGUUUUCCAGCAGGGUGCUGAUCAGCAACUUUCUUGGAUCCCCUGGGAGCGUCUGACUAGCAGGGCUCAUGAGGUUACCCACUCUCGCAGUGACCUCGGGCUUCAAUUCGAUGCUGCUGGAAAUCUCCGCCUCACCAAGAAGAUGCAGGAGAGCUCCUGCACGCUUAGCGGGGAACUACAAAUCCGCCAGGCCCUUCAGAGGCGCGCUCUGGCGUACGACCUCGCUCGUUUGUGUGAUUUCUCGGCCAUGGAGUUGUACCACGAGGAGCUCUUCUUCUUGCUGACUCGAAGCCCCCCGCAGGGCUGUCUCUACGUCACCAUGGCCCAGGUCCGCGAGUCCGACAAACAGCUUUUCGUCCGGCUAGCUGAGAAGACUCGUGGUGCUUUGACUGCUCGCCCAGAUGGCUCUAAGCCUUUGCAGGUGCAGCUCGAGGCCCUAAAGAGCCACCCCCAGGUCCAGUUCUGCCUCAUCCCGGCUCCGAAAUCGGCCCGCUUCCAGCCCUACGAGCCGCCUGAGGGUCGCUCCGACCGUGCCGCUGGUGGCAAGAAGGGGCAGCCUCCCAAGGGCAAGGGGGCCCAGACCUCGGGUGGGGGUGGCAAAGGUCCCUCCACCCCCUUCGAGCUGCCGCCGGGCUGUUCUUCUCAACAUGAGGGCAAGCCUGCAAACGCUGCCGUCGAGGCCUGCACGUAUGCUGGAAGUGUUUCGCGCCGCAUUCCUACACUGCCUGUCUUCCACUCUUUGCCGGGUGAGGAGGCCCCUCGCAGCGGCUCCACCGAUCAGAGCCGUGUUUUCCAGGCGGGGGCGUAUGUGCAUGGUGCGUUAACUGGUCUGCGUCGCUCGUGCUCCUUGUAUCCAGAGGCAAUUAGAACAUUUUGCUCUUUUAUUUGUGAAAAGACUCCUCCGGAGUUCGUGUUUAGCAACAUUGCAAUUUUCCAGAACCUGCGUACUGAGCUGCAUCGGGAUAAGAAUAAUUUAAGGGCUACUUUGAACUUCGCGGUGGCCAUUUCGGCCUUCGAAGGGGGCCAAGUUUGGAUUCAGGCUGAUCCCGCAUCCUCGAAGUCGGGCAUUUUGCUCGAUGUGACGGCCCAGGGCGUCUACUUCAACGCCCGUGAGCGCCUUCAUUGCACAUGUCCAUGGACCGGCUCACGCGUGGUCGUCGUUGCCUUCAGCCUGCGUGGCUCCGAUUGCCUGCCCAAAGCAGAAGCCUUGACCCUUAGUUCUUUGGGGUUUAGGGUCCCUUCCCCUGGCGUUGACAACAGUCACUUGGAGUCCUCUGGCCGCCCCUGCUCCGAGCCGCCAACUGAGGUGCCGCCUCCCUUUCGGUUUAGGCCCCCUCCCCCGGGUAUAGUCCCCAUGUGCACCCCCGCUGAGACCUCUUGGUCCGCGGGCUCCUCAGCAGCCACCCCCGCGCCCUCGAGCUCCUCCCCUCCGUGCACCCCCGCUGCGGCCUGCUUGCCCGCGGGCCCCGACCCGCCCGGCGUUGCCGCCUUCCCUCCGGAGCCGCCUGGGGGCAACUUGGCAGCUCCGACGUUUGUUGAGCUGUUUGCUGGUUGCGCUCGUUUCAGCUCUACUUUCGCAGCCGCUGGUGUGCCCGCGUUGGCGGUGGACGGCCCCCGAAAUCAGCACAGGCCUUUGCAUCCUGUCUGGACGCUCGACCUCACCGUGCCCCUUUGUCAGCGCCUUUUGCGUGAGCGCCUUCUCUCUGGGCGCCUUUUGGGCAUUCACCUUGGCCUCCCGUGCGGAACUGGCAGCCGCGCUCGAGAGAUCAAGCUCCCAGCUCAUCUUUUGCGAUCCGGCGCACCGCAGCCUCGCCCCUUGCGCGAUGCUACAUACUUGCUGGGCCUUCCCGGCCUUUCCUCUGCCGAGCAAGCCAAAGUUGACGCGGCAAAUGAACUCUGCCGCUUCGUUGUUUCCCUGCUGCUGGACGCAUAUGCCAAAGGCUGGACCGUGACCAUAGAGAAUCCGGUGAACUCCUGGAUGUGGAGUGUUCUCGCCUUGUUUGUUCGGCAGACCGGGAAGCGUGCUUUUCAGAGCUGGUAUGCAAGCUUGUUCCAUGUUGACUUUGACCAGUGUAUGUGGGGUGGCCAUCGAAAAAAGGCUUCUCGCUUUCUCACCUCCGCAUCUGAACUGAGAGGGCUCGUGGCUCCCUGUGACGGUCGGCACACACAUGCACCCUUUCAGAUCUACCGCAAGGCGGGGGGCUGGCAGUUUGAGACCGCUCUGGAGGCCGAGUAUCCCGCUGAGCUGUGCUUGCAGUAUGUCUCUCUUCUUGGGGCCCGCCUGAGCCUGCCUGCACCAGCCCCCAGGCGGCCUCUACUCCGCCAACCCCGCCGCCGUCCUCCGCUGGUGCCCGAGUACAAGUUUUUCACUCAUGUUCGCCCCCUUGAGGGUGAGUUUCGCGAGCUCUCUUCUGAGGGGGGAGGAGACGGGAGCCGCUCAACUUUUGCAGUCCUGCAUACCAAGCAGGAGUUUAUGGCCAAGGCCUGUCAGGUACCGCACCCCUUUGAUGCAUCUGACUCCAUAGACGACCAGGUCAAGAGGAACAUUUUUGAACUGUUCACUGGUGGCUUCAUGCCUUCGGCCAGGAAGAGGCUGUCUAUGCAGAAACGUCUGGCCGCCAUGAAAAAGGAGCUGGCGGUGGAGGAGCGGCGCCACCAGGCUUCACUUCCUCCACAUGCCCAGGCGGUCCUAAAGGGCAAGAACAUCCUUCUUUGGCGCAAGCUGCUCGUGGAGACAGGCUUCCCCGACCUGGACGCCCAGGAGCUCAUGGAGGGGGUCCCCUUGAUAGGAAGGCCAGCGAAGUCGCCGCUCUACGACUGGAAAGAGAUCCCCGCAACUUGCACUAGGGAGGACCUCCUCGCUUCCUCAGUUUGGCGGAACGAGAUGCUUUCGGGAAAAGGGGCUGUGGGAGAUGAUGCUGAUCUCCUGCACAAGGUCUGGCUGGCCACUGAGAAGGAGGUGGAGAAAGGCUACCUCAUUGGCCCCUACGAGUCCCUCGAAGACGUCAAGGCAACCCUGGGCGCAGAAGAGGUUUGCUGCAGCAGGCGUUUUGGUGUUCGCCAGGGCUCCGGGGAUUCUGAGAAAUGCAGGCCCAUAGAUGACUACAAAGAGAGCGGGGUUAACACGGCCUACCAUGCUGUGGACCUACUUCAGUUGCAUGACGUCGACUACCUAGUCAACCUCUGCUGUUUCGUGGCGAACGCUGCUCAUGACGACGGCUUCACCAGGGUAGGGCUGUCGGAUGGCUCGACGCUCGUGGGGCGUACACAUGGUGAUCUUCUGGGGAGGGUCAAGUGGCUGGGGCGUUGCUUGGACCUGGAAAAGGCCUAUAAGCAGAUCCCGGUUAUGGCCAAAGACCUCGUCUUCGCAGUCUUGAUGGUUUGGGAACCUGGGUCGGGCUCGUGGAAAUACUUCAUCUCCAGGAGCCUCCCCUUCGGAUGCUGCGCGGCGGUUUACGGUUUCAAUAGGGUUUCUAGGUCGUUGCUGCACCUGGCCCUGCAUCUCGCCGGCAUGAUCGGCGGGGUCUAUUUUGACGACUUCCCUUUGCUUGAGCCGGCCCCCACUGCAAGGAUGGGCUCCCUCGCCAUCGAGUGCCUUCUGGACGCCCUGGGUUGGUCGUACGCAGUGGGUGAUGACAAGGGCCGCCCCUUUGAAGAGACCUUUGACCUGCUUGGCAAGCGACUCAGUGUUGGGGAGCUUCUCGCUGGUCAGGUGGCCUUGGCAAACAAGCCUAGCCGCGUUGAGAAGAUCCGAGCCCAGGCUUCAAGGAUGGCAUCCUCAGGCUGCGUCACUCGCAGGGAAGCAGCCUCCCUGCACGGCCAACUGAACUUCAUGGUGGGCUUCGCGGCUGGACGAGCCAUGAAGAUAGCCUGCAGGGCCCUGGCCAACAUCUGCUACAUGAACCGCUCUCCCUCCGUGGAAGAGGUGAAAUCGCUGGGGCGCUUCAUCCUGAAGACACUCUCUGAUGCACGUCCGAGGACCUUCUCACUCCGGGCGCAGGGGAGCCCGGUCUCCAUCUUCACUGACGCGUCCUACGAGAAAGGCGUCGCCCGCUGGGGGAUAGUUCUGCUGGACCAGAGCUCCAAUAGAAGAGGGGUGGCAGCGGGCGAGAUCCCGCCCAAGCUUGUGGACUUCUGGCUGGCAGAGGGCAUCGAGCAGGUCAUCUCUCAGGCGGAGGCCUACGCGCUGGUUCUCUCGAGGCGGGCCUGCGCCUCGGAACUGGCCGGGAAGAGGUGCAUCUUUUACGUGGACAAUGACGCCGCCAGGUACACUUGCAUUAAGGCCAGCAGCCCCUCUCGUUCUCUACUGAGCUUGGCAUGCCUCUUCUACGCCAGCGAGUCGGCUGAUGGCGUCGUGUCUUGGAUUGAGCGCGUUCCUUCUGCAAGCAACGUGGCCGACCUCCCUAGCAGGGGGGAAGCUGCGUUGGCAGCACAGAUGAUUGGAGGUCAGGUCGUCGACUUCUCUCAGGCUGCGCAGCUUCUAGCAGAUGAGUGCAUGGACCUGAGCGACCUUCCCUGGGACCUCCUCUCGUCCUCGAGCGGAAACCUUUGGACACUGCCCUUCCUUUGA